AUGGGUGGCACAAAGCCCGCAGAAUGCGGCCUUGAGGCCUCUUGCCCUGUUGAAUCUGGCGUUCUGAAUGUCCAGGCUGGACCGCGGAGGGGCCUGGAAGGGGCGGGGGUGGACGGCUGGGAGCAAGACCUGUCGGUGCCCGAGUUCCCGGAAGAGUUAGAAUGGCUGAACACAGAAGAGCCUAUCUCUGUCUACAAGGACCUAUGUGGAAAAGUGGUCAUCCUUGAUUUCUUCAGCUACUGCUGCAUAAACUGUAUCCACCUGUUGCCUGAUCUCCAUGAGUUAGAACACACAUACUCUGAUAAAGAUGGUCUCCUGAUUGUUGGUGUUCACUCGGCUAAGUUUCCAAAUGAAAAAGUCCUGGACAACAUUACGAGUGCUGUUCUUCGAUACAAUAUCACCCAUCCUGUGGUUAAUGAUGCAGAUGCCAGUCUUUGGCAAGAGCUAGAGGUGUCCUGCUGGCCAACACUGGUCAUUCUUGGACCCCGUGGAAACAUGUUGUUUUCUUUGAUUGGAGAAGGACACAAAGAUAAAUUAUUUUUAUAUACUUCAAUAGCUUUAAAGUAUUACAAAGACAGGGGACAGAUCAGAGAUAAUAAAAUUGGAAUAAAACUCUACAAAGAUUCUCUGCCACCUUCACCGCUGCUGUUUCCUGGCAAAGUAACUGUAGACCAUGCUACUAAUAGACUGGUAAUAGCAGAUACUGGACAUCAUAGGAUUUUGGUCAUUUGGAAAAAUGGACAGAUUCAAUACAGUAUUGGAGGACCUAACCCUGGAAGAAAAGAUGGACUAUUUUCAGAGUCAACUUUUAACUCUCCACAGGGUGUAGCCAUCAUGGAUAAUGUCAUAUAUGUGGCAGACACUGAAAACCAUCUUAUAAGAAAGAUUGACCUAGAAGCUGAGAAGGUGAGCACUGUAGCUGGCAUUGGAGUUCAAGGUACAGAUAAAGAAGGAGGAGCAGAAGGAGAACAGCAACCCAUUAGCUCCCCUUGGGAUAUUGCUUUUGGAACAUCAGGUUCGGAAGUCCAGAGAAAUAACAUCUUGUGGAUAGCCAUGGCAGGAAUCCAUCAGAUAUGGGCACUCCUGCUGGAUUCCGGCAAGCUGCCAAAGAAAAAUGAGCUAAAAAAAGGAACCUGUCUGCAGUUUGCUGGCAGUGGAAAUGAAGAGAAUCGAAACAAUACAUAUCCUCACAAGGCGGGUUUUGCCCAGCCCUCAGGUCUCUCUCUGGCCUCUGAAGAUCCCUGGAACUGCCUGUUUGUAGCUGACAGCGAGAGCAGCACUGUGAGAACUGUCUCCCUGAAAGAUGGAGCAGUGAAGCACCUCAUUGGAGGAGAAAGAGAUCCCAUGAAUUUAUUUGCUUUUGGUGAUGUUGAUGGAGUAGGCAUUGAUGCAAAGCUUCAACACCCACUUGGAGUAGCGUGGAACAAGAAGAGGAAUUUGCUUUAUGUGGCAGACUCCUAUAAUCACAAGAUUAAAGUUGUGGAUCCAAAAACAAAAAACUGUACAACAUUAGCAGGGACCGGAAACACAAAUAAUGUUACUAGUUCCAGUUUUACUGAGUCAACUUUUAAUGAACCAGGAGGCUUGUGUGUUGGAGAAAAUGGCCGAUUAUUAUAUGUAGCAGACACCAACAAUCAUCAGAUUAAAGUGAUGGAUUUAGAAACAAAAACAAUUUCUGUGUUGCCCAUCUUCAAAUCUGAAAAUGCUGUGGUAGAUGGUCCAGUGCGCCUCGAAAAACCAAAGACAGUACCCAAACUACCUAAAUCUGCGCCACACAUCAGGCUUUCCCCAGUGACUGUUUGUCCUGUUCAGACUCUUCAGUUCAAACUCAGACUGGAUCUCCCACCAGGAACAAAGCUGACAGAAGGAGCACCCAGUUGCUGGUUUCUAACCGCUGAAGGCAAUGAGUGGCUUCUUCAAGGACAGAUACCAUCUGGAGUCAUAGAGAACAUUUCCAACCAACCAACAAUUUCACUGCAAAUUCCUGGCAAUUGCUUGUCGCUUGAAGUAGUUCUAUCUAUCAGCGUGUUUCUUUAUUACUGUAGUGGAGACAGCAGUGCUUGCAUGAUGAAGGGAAUUUUAUUCAGUCAGCUUUUACGGAUAACAGACACACAAGCAGGUUGCAUUGCUCCAGUGGAGCUCAAGCAUGCCUUUUAGCAAGUCAGCCAGCAGCCACUUGCCAUAGCCCCCGUCCUUCAUCCCUGACUUCACUGUAACUUAGGAGAAAAACUAUUUCUGCCUCUGGAUGAAUGUUGCUCACUUCUAACAAAUUAACUUAAAAUAAAUCUAUGUUCUUUAUUUAGGGUUUUAGUUGGUUUUUUUUUUUUUGUA